CAUGCGCAGGCGCCGGUACGCUGCGCUCUACGUGUCUACAACUUUAGUUGUGACUGGGACGCGUUGACGAAUACUCUCCUCGUUGAGUCGCACACCUAGCGCCUCGCGACCUCGCACUCCUGACAUUGGCUUAUCACGUACGACUUAAACAUCGAUAUAAGUAUCGAUAUGAAUAACCUUAUCAGUUAUCGCUGAUAAUGGCGUCAGUAAUGCCCACACCAGUUUAACGUCCUUCAGCUACACAAAACUUCGGGCUUAUCAGUAUGUACUAGGGAGUCAGGAAGCGGCAGGUGUUAGUGAUAAUUAGUAAAUGCAGAUUUGUUUUGUUUACUCGGAUGGUGUGUAGGCUGUGAUUAUGGUGCGCUAACCGCAGUGUUGUUCUCGUGGGUGUAUUAAUUCACAAAACCGCCUCGUGAUUGGCCCAACAUGGAUCGGACAAUGUACGGCAAGGUGCUGCCAGGCACCUAUUACCCUUUUCGCUGCGCUAUGAAGGAGAACGGAAUCUCGCCGGGCUAUGCUCUGCUAGCAGACCUCCAGAACUCGAUUAAUCCGGGGCGAGUGAACAGUCCGGGCGGAAGGACCAGUUCGCCGGGUGCCCGGACGAAUUCCCCGGGCCGGACCGGAUCACCACUUGGCCGGGGCAGCUCACCAGGACGGUUGAGUUCACCCGGAGGGAGUCUCAGUUCACCCACCUCGACUGGUUACGGCUCAAUUAAUGGUUCUAGAAACAUCACCACGGAUUACGCUAAGCCCGCAUCUCCCACAUACCAGAACACAACAACAGUCCACGAAAAAAACGCACCAGCAAAAUACACCUCAAAUUAUGGCCACUCCCCAGGCUAUACCAGUCAGUCGCCUGGCUACAACAACCAAUCGCCUGGCUACAACAGUCAGUCUCCUGGCUACAACAACCAAUCACCCGGCUACAACAACCAGUCUCUCGGCUACACGAGUCAAUCCCCUGGCUAUACCAGUCAGUCUCCCGGCUACGGAAGGACCACAGGUCAAAGGAACCUUUCGGAAUUGGACACGCUACUUGAUGACCUGAGCAACGCGCGAUACGGAAACUAUGUUGAGAAGAAUACAUAUACGGAUCGAAAUGAUGGCUACUCUCGAACAAACGGUGCAACGAGUCCAGCUUCCACGAGGCCCACCGUUGAUUCCCUGCUCGACCAACUUAGCACCGACAUACCUAACGGUCGGGCAGCAUCGAUAUCUCCAGUACCACCUGCGUCUACAGCGGGAACCCUACCACGUCCAGGAACGAAGCAAGUCACGGUCACUGUCCAAGAAACAGUGGUGGAGCCUGCGCAACAGCCCUUGCCACCGUCACCAGCACCUGUGGUCACCACCGUGCGACAACACCACGCCUCGAGCGCCACUAAAGAGCUGGACGACCUAAUGGCGUCCCUAUCUGACUUCAAGGUAAGCGGCGCAGGUGCAGUUCCAGAAGGCGAAAGCGGGACCCACGUUUACCGAGAGAAGCGUGCCUGGCAGGAGCAGUACCGCAGCAACCCUCGACAACCCGAGUCCGCCUCUCUAGAACACAUGCUCGGAUCCCUCCGAGCAGACAUGAGCCGCCAAGGAGUCCAGACCCCUCAGAAGGGAUGCUGCAACGCUUGCGAGAAGCCCAUCGUCGGACAGGUCAUAACAGCUCUGGGUCGCACAUGGCACCCUGAGCACUUCACAUGCGCGCAUUGCAAUCAGGAGUUGGGCACGAGGAAUUUCUUCGAGCGCGACGGCCGGCCAUACUGCGAGCCCGAUUACCACAACCUCUUCUCACCAAGAUGUGCUUACUGCAAUGGACCCAUUCUUGACAAAUGUGUGACAGCGCUUGAAAAAACUUGGCACACGGAGCACUUCUUCUGCGCUCAAUGCGGGCAGCAGUUUGGGGAGGAAGGGUUCCACGAAAGGGACGGCAAGCCAUACUGCCGGGCGGAUUAUUUCGAUAUGUUCGCACCGAAAUGCGGCGGUUGCAACAAGCCUAUAAUGGAAAAUUAUAUUUCCGCCCUCAACACUCAAUGGCAUCCAGACUGCUUCGUGUGCAAGGAAUGUCGCGAGCCCUUCCACGGUGGUUCGUUCUUCGAGCACGAAGGUCAACCGUACUGCGAGACUCACUACCACGGCAAGAGGGGAUCCCUCUGCGCCGGAUGCCAUAAACCCAUCGCUGGCAGAUGCAUAACCGCCAUGUUCAGAAAGUUCCAUCCUGAACAUUUCGUAUGCGCGUUCUGCCUUAGACAACUCAACAAAGGCACUUUUAAGGAGCAAAACGAUAAGCCAUAUUGCCACGCAUGCUUCGACAAACUGUUCGGUUAAAAUCUCACGAUAACCACCAAGAGAUGGCGCUACAUGAAAAUAAAUUGUUAACUUUACUAUCUAUGGUCAAGAACGAAUAAAAAUAUGAAUAAAAUAAAAAAAGCCCAAAACAUAAGUGUUAAGAUGUUAUGACUAUUCACCCUUAAAUAUACAUUUCUAUUAAAAACCGCCAUUAAAUAUAAGACUUAUAAUAGGCGGCAGAUGUCGUGCUAUCCCUUUCGCGUUUCAUUGUUGUGCGAAAGAGACAGCUCGAUAUCGCCGUUUAAACGUUGAAUCAAUUCUUUAAAGGGGCGGAUUAUACUCAUAUUUAGUAAACAUUACUCAGAGAACAGUUUACACAAUAUUUCUUCAAUUCGGACAAAAUAGUUUGCCAUAAUCUUCUAGAAGAAAGAAUGUAUGUAACUUUGCGAUAAACCAAGUAAAACUCUUGAUGAAAAUAUUGAUUAGAUAAAAUAUUCAAUACAAAAUUUCUUACGAGUUUCAUUUCAAGGAAUAGUUUUUCAAUUUCAAAGCAAUCUUUUAGUUGUUUCUAAAGUCUAAGAAAUAUAGACAUUUGGUAUUGUGUAAACAAUAACGGUUUUAGUAAUAAUGUAAUUCUUUUCCGUAUGAACAGUGCGUUUGAAAGGUAAGCUCGCCAUAUUCUUUUUAAUUUAAAUAUUGUCUCAAAAGUUGUACACGAUACACAUGUAAAUAUAAUUGAAUGUUUAAUUGUUAUUACAGCUCACUUGUUAUAAAUUUAUUAUAAAGUAAUAUAUGGACCCUCUGUUGUUUCACUCUAACAAGUACAUUCUUUAUAUAUUUAUUUCGUACUGUACAGUAUUAUCGGUAUGGCGUUUCGGGGGUCCGCAGUGAAUUGUAUCAGAUAAUGGGUACGCAAUUUUAUUGUACAUGAAACUAUAUUGACUUGAGUAAAAAUUGGAUGGCAGUAUUUUUAGUUGAAGUUUUCUGUACUUGGUGUAAGUGUCGAUUAUAUAUUAAUAAAUUAAUUCAGUAAAUAAUUAUAUUAUGGUUAAUAUUUAUAAGAUAAUAUGAAAUUAAUGGUGUUCGUCAAAAAAGGUACUAAUUCAAAAUUUUAUCUCAAAAUUAGAUAGUGAUGUCUGUUUCGGUCUAAAUUCUAAAAUGUCAUAGACGUUGAAAAGUAGAUAAAAAAAAACUAAAGUGUUUAUAGUGAUUAUUGAAAUA